CCCGUAUUUAUUGUUUGUUAUUACCAUAUGAUGACACUUCACCAAACUGUCUUAGAUUGAAACGCCUUCCCACCCGCGAGGGAGUGAGUCGGACGGAGAAUUUCCGCCGCGAUAAUUUCUCUCCAUCCGCCAUCUUCACCAUCUCAUUCCCACUUCCACCAUUCUAUAUAAACGCAUUUCAUCUGCAUCCACACACACAUUCACACUCAGUGAGAACACAGGGAAGUUAUGGGAUCCGAGUUGUUCUUUCGAGGUCAGGAGUCACUGCCGGUGGCCGACGACUACACCCCUAAGCCGGCGAAACCGUGGUUGGGUUUCAAUAGGCCGAUCAGUUACAUGUUCCGUGAGCAGCGCCUGGUUUGCCUUCUAGCCGGCAUGGCCAUCUCUACCUUCAUCUUCGCCCUGCGUCCGUCCUCAAAUCCUCCGUACAGCCUGGGCUAUGAAGCGAUCUCGGCCUCCCAACUCCCAUCCCGAUCGGUUCAGCCGCACCGGUUCAUGUAUCAGAAGGGCAUUGGCUUCGGGGCGGUGCAUUCUGGCGGGAAGGUCCCGCUGGGCCUUCAACGGAAGGGUUUGAGGAUCGUCGUGACCGGCGGGGCAGGUUUCGUCGGCAGCCAUCUGGUGGACCGUCUCAUCGCGAGAGGCGACAGCGUUAUCGUGGUAGACAACUUUUUCACCGGCCGUAAGGAGAACGUGAUGCACCAUUUUGGUAACCCGAGGUUCGAGCUCAUCCGACACGACGUCGUCGAGCCGCUCCUGUUGGAGGUUGACCAGAUCUACCACCUUGCUUGCCCCGCGUCACCGGUUCACUACAAGCACAAUCCCGUCAAGACUAUCGACAAAUGUGGUAGGGACUUUGAACAUGCUGGGAUUGGCCAAGAGAGUGGGCGCACGGUUUUUGCUAACAAGUACCAGCGAGGUUUAUGGUGAUCCUUUGGAGCACCCUCAGAAGGAAACUUACUGGGGAAAUGUCAAUCCUAUUGGGGUCAGGAGCUGUUAUGAUGAAGGAAAGCGUACAGCAGAAACACUGACCAUGGACUACCACAGAGGUGCUGGUGUUGAGGUGAGGAUUGCUCGGAUAUUCAACACAUAUGGUCCACGAAUGUGCAUUGACGAUGGCCGUGUUGUCAGCAAUUUUGUUGCUCAGGCGUUAAGGAAGGAACCAAUGACGGUUUAUGGUGAUGGAAAGCAGACUAGAAGCUUCCAAUUUGUUUCAGAUUUGGUUGAGGGCCUGAUGCGCUUGAUGGAAGGAGAUCAUGUUGGACCUUUUAACCUUGGAAACCCUGGUGAAUUCACAAUGCUUGAACUUGCUAAGGUAGUACAGGAAACCAUAGACGCAAACGCUCAAAUAGAGUUCAGGCCCAACACGGAGGAUGACCCACACAUGAGGAAGCCUGACAUCUCGAAGGCCAAAGACAUGCUUGGGUGGGAACCCAAAGUGCCUCUUAGGAAGGGUCUACCAAUGAUGGUUCAAGACUUCAGGCAAAGGAUCUUUGGUGACCAAAAAGAUGAUACUCGUUCAUCCAGUUCUACAGAAUAACUUGCUAAUUCAUUCUUAACAAAUAUGCCCAACAUCUUAUUCCUACUGCUGCCUGUUUAUUCGAUCAAAAGAGCAGAUCUUUGAGCCUUACCUCGUCCAUUGAACACAUAUUUUUGAGCUACCGAUUAUUUCCUAUCAUUAAUGUUAUGAUCAUUUUAUUUUUGGUUCAUUCAUUUACCACAUUUGGGGUAUGUGCCUUGAUAUACAACAAGCAUAUUAUUGUUUGAACAGCAGCUGUACGCCUUAAUGCCAUCUCUUUUCCUUUAUACUUCGUAUUAUUACUCUUAUAUUAUUUCC